CCUCAGCUGUUCGACGUAAACAUUGUCACUUUGUGCAUUUUUUUUUUCUUCUCUCAUCUCGUCAACUGUAACGUCAAACUCCUCAACGAGUCCGAUGGCAGAGACCGCGCCAGCUCCAGCAGCCUCCACGGCUAAAGCGCCCAAAAAGAAGUCCGCCUCCAAGGUGAAGAAGUCCGGUCCGAGCGUGUCAGACUUGAUCCUGAAAGCCGUGUCCGCGUCCAACGAGCGCAAAGGCGUGUCUCUAGCCGCGCUGAAGAAGGCGCUCGCGGGCGGUGGGUACGACGUCGAGAAGAACAACUCGCGCGUGAAGAUCGCGCUGAAGGCGCUCGUGAAGAAGGGCUCGCUCGUGCAGACCAAAGGCACCGGAGCGUCCGGCUCGUUCAAAGUGAGCAAAGGCAGCGCGGUGAAGAAGCCAGUUAAAAAGCCUGAGGUCAAAGCCAAGAAGCCUGCGCCGAAAAAACCGGCGGCGAAAGCUGCAAAGCCUAAAAAGGCACCGGCUAAGAAACCUGCGGCUAAAAAGGCGCCCAAGAAAGUAAAGAAACCCGCAGCAGCCGCGGCCAAGAAGGCCACAAAGAGCCCGAAGAAGGCAAAGAAACCCGCGGUGAAGAAAGUGACCAAGAGCCCGAGUAAGAAGGUCAAAGCCGCGAAGCCUAAAGCAGCCAAACCCAAAGCGGCCAAGGCUAAGAAGACAGCCACCAGGAAGAAGUAACAAUCUCCAUCACGCUUUCAGCUCCGAAAACGCUUUUAAAGAGCCUCCGAGUUGUCACAAAAAAGGUUAAACUUUGGACUGAGCAUGCGCAGAACUGAUUAGAAACAGUAGGGACUACCAGGAGGAGUGGAAGAGAUGUGCUUACAGACUUGUAGAGGAACAACACCAGCGAGAUUAUAAACAACUAAACAAAUAGCGGCGAGCUCAACAUUACUAUUGUUUCCAUUCGAGCUUUUCAUACAAAACGUGGUUUGUGGAUAUUUAUUUUCUUUCAUUAUUAUUGAUACAAAUUUACGACAAAAGAAAUGUUUGUUAAAAUGGUUAUUUUUUUUGCGAUUUUAUAUGUGUAAUUCCCCCCGAAAAAAGAAAUGAUAACAUUUUUCUCUGCCCCGUCCGCACUUCCGGUAGAGAAAGUAGUUUGUUUGUUUAUUUUGUGGGUUCUUUUUUAAAAACGGAAGUGACGUUGCGUUCACACAAACGGUGAUGGAAUGUGUCGAUGGAAAUCUUGCUAUCGAUUUAGUGGACUCUGAAAACACAACACACUUAUCACUACCUCUACAAACCGUGCACAAAUCCGAUUAAGGCUUUGUGCACUUUUCCAAUCCCCUUUUUUUCGAGCCGCUUAAAGACCACAGACCUGGAAGAAGAACAAGUCCUUACACUAAAACUCCAGUUGUACCUACCAUUUACUUUCAUGUCUGACUUUCUCCAUAUCUGAACCUAACCUCUUUUUUUAAAUAGUCUGUUCCCAUGUUAGUCCAGUUUUACUCUUUGUAAAUAUAUACUGAUGGAAAUUUCCUGUAAAUAUCCAGAACAAAGAUGUUAAUUUAUUUAUUUGUGUAACAAUAACAGCUUUUUCUGUAGUUGUGGUAUAACAUGUCUCUCUCUCUGUCUUUUUUCAUUCAAACUUUUAUGCAUUUAUGUAAAACAAAAAAAAAAAAAACAUUUUCAUACAAAAAAACUCCAAAUAAAAACGAGUGUAAAAUCCA